ACCAAACCCUCUCGCGUUGACUAACUUUAAACAAUUAACAUAACUUAAAGCUUAAGAAUGAAAAUCUGAGAAUAAAAUCUUUUCGGCUUUGGGUAAUGGGUAGUUUUUAUUAUUUUUUCUCUUUUUGAGCUGGAAAGAGCCAAAAAGAACCAACAAAAAUGACGGCAGUAGCACCGGCCGCAGCGUCUCAUCUGCUCCACCACAUCCUCCACUACCGCCCACCACCACCAUUAUCUUCAUCUCCAUUUCUCAAAAAACCCCUUUUAAUCUCCUCAGUUUCCCCUUCUAACAAUACACCCAAACGCACUAAUCUCCUCACACACUCGCACCAAUUUCGCUGUCUUCUCUUCUGCCACACUCUUUCUCUCUCUAAAAGCCUUAUUCCACCCAUUAACGCUUCGUUAUCGGUAGAAAACGAAGCAGAACUAGAAGAAGAAGAAGAAGAAGAAGAAGAAGCAGAAGAUGAAGAUGAGUAUGAUGAUGAUGAUGAUAGUGAAGCCCGAGAAGUUAAAAUGAUUGAGGAUUUUGAUGAAGAAGAAGAAAAUGGCGGUGAAAAGGAGAGUGAGAAAAUGGAUAAUGUGGGUCUGCAUUCUUUGCGUGUGAAGACAACUGGGAUGCAGCUGCCGAGCCUUACGGUGAAGGAGAAGAAGGAAUUGGCGUCCUACGCGCAUAGUCUGGGGAAGAAGCUCAAGUCCCAGUUGGUCGGAAAGUCCGGUGUCACUUCUAAUGUCGCAACUUCUUUCGUUGAGACCCUCGAAUCCAAUGAGCUUCUUAAGAUUAAAAUACACAGGACGUGUCCAGGGGAGCUAGAUGAUGUGGUGAAGCAAUUGGAGGAACUGACUGGUUCUGUGGUUGUUGGUAAAAUUGGCAGAACAGUGAUUAUUUACCGGCCCAGCCUCACCAAGUUGAAAGCAGAGGAGAAAAAGCAGCAGUUUCAGAAGAUUUUAAUGAGGAGGAAACAACUCAGAGCAAGACCUGCAUUUCCGUUUCAGACAAAAGGAGCAAGACCGAGAUUGUCUGGUCGUGGUAGACGAGGAAGUAGCAGGGUUUAGGUGCCGUUAAAGUUACAAUGAUACUGUAAUGAGCUGUAAUGAUACCGUUGAAGCCAUCUCCUAGUAUUCUGUUCUAGAGAGAGAGAGAGAGAACCUCCCCUAAGUGACUCGUGAAUGUUGGCUUUGGUUACACAAUCAAACUCUAAAGAUUAGUUGACAUAUAGGGGGAAGUUCUUUUCUGGUAUUGUUUUGUUUCUUCACAUGGCAAUGAUAAAUUCUGCAUAUGCUGUUUCUCUUACUAUCGUCUCGGUAAGACCAGAAACAAAACUUGUCAAUUUCUAGAGUUUGUCCACGUUUUACUCACCUUUUGCCUUUUUUUUUUUCAAAGGCAUUCUUUCACCUUCAU